CUUUUCAUCCCAAACUAGCUAUAUAUAUAUAUAUAUUUAUCUAUAAUACAAACCAUCCUCUUCCAUAUAAUAUUUCCAAGUCCCAAACAAAGAAAACCAUCCCAUACCUUCUUUUAGUUCAUUUUCAUUCCAUCUCCUACCUUAAAUUUAUUCUUAUUAAAUUUUACAAAACCCUCCGUACCAAAGAUCUCCUAGAGAAAUAAAGUUUCCUUUCUUUCCCCACCCACCACCCCCCCUUUUCCUUCUCCGCAUCAUAAAUAUGGGCCUAAGGGACAUUGGAGCUACACUGCCUCCUGGGUUUAGGUUUUAUCCAAGCGACGAGGAAUUGGUCUGCCAUUAUCUGUACAAAAAGAUUGCUAAUGAGGAAGUCUUGAAGGGCACUUUGGUGGAAAUUGAUUUGCAUACAUGUGAGCCAUGGCAGCUUCCUGAGGUGGCGAAGCUUAACGCAAACGAGUGGUACUUCUUCAGCUUUCGUGACCGAAAGUAUGCCACGGGAUUCCGAACGAAUCGGGCGACAACAUCUGGCUACUGGAAAGCAACAGGGAAGGAUCGAACGGUGGUCGACCCAAGAACACAAGAGGUGGUAGGGAUGAGAAAGACCUUGGUGUUUUACAGGAACCGAGCCCCUAAUGGUAUCAAGACGGGCUGGAUCAUGCAUGAAUUUCGCCUCGAGACCCCACAUAUGCCUCCAAAGGAAGACUGGGUUCUCUGUAGAGUUUUCCACAAGAGCAAAGGAGAGAACAGCAGCAAGCUCAGCCCUCCAAUGAUGUUCGAGACCUCAACUCAUGCCCCUUCUUUAACAGACCAAACCAUGGCUUGUGCGUAUCAACAAAUCAGCUCUUUAUCCGCCACACCUACCCAUCCAAGCCACGGCCAAAGCUUGCUAAACCUGUUUCAAUUUUCUCAGGAAAAGAGCAAUAACAAUCCCGCAAACGAAGUUAGCUCCAAAGUUGAUGACGAGUACGAGUUCUUGUGGGACAUGAACAUGGAAGAAAACAGCUUGGCAUCAUGGGGUCGCUUCCAACUUGGAGGACAUGAGAUUUGAGAUUGACAACAGUAUGGUUUUCCUAUAAAAAAUGUUGUAUACUUUGAAAAAAGAAAAAAACUACCAUUUGUUGAUUUGUGAUGUUGGUGUGGUGUUUGCCUUUGACGAUACAAAUCAUGUUACGUUGGAUAUUAGAAGAUUGUGUGUUUUUUAGUUUAGGGUUUAUUUAUUUUUUGUAUACAACAUUGGGUAUUGUAAAAAAAUUAUAUAUAAAGCAUAUAGUUAUUCUU